UCGACAGUGUUUGUGUACCAGGAUGUGGUACCAUGGCAGCUCCAACCGCGCGAGCUCGCUUUUACUGAUCGAUACCGACUAGCAUGGCAGCCAUGAACAAGCUGGCAUAGCUAAGUUAAGAAUUCUUCUGUGGAGAAGUGGGAGAUGCUACUUUCGGGAAGGCCGGGAAGUUGUUCAACCUGACUUGUGGUUGUUUUACUACGUAUAAUAGUCACCAUUCAUUCGGAAGACGGAAUAUGACAGCAUGAAUAAGCUAUUGGAAAAAGAACUACUGGACCAUGUUUCUAGUCAGGAUUCCACAACUCUUAAGCCCAAAAGUUUUAUACCAAAAUCAGUGUCAACGCUAACAAAGGAUGACUGUCGCUCUUGGCAAGGCUCAUCGGACUCCUGGUCAAUUACUGACCACCUUGAUGACGUCUCUAGUCUCCAAAGUGAUCGAAUUAGAUUGAUUGGCCAGAGGGUUCGUGUCGCAGGAGUGAAAGAAGGGAUAAUUCGGUAUUUUGGCCCUGUUCAAUUUGCUGAGGGAUGUUGGUGUGGUAUAGAACUGGACGAACCAAUCGGAAAGAACGACGGCUCGGUGCAGGGCACCAGAUAUUUUAGCUGUGGCCAGAACUUUGGAAUAUUUGCUCCUAUACGAAAGGUGGAAACAGUAUUUUCACUCAAAGAUUCUUUAGUCUCUUAUAAAAAUGUGGAAGAAAACCAGCACUCUAGACCAUGCUCUUUAACAGAGCAACGGUCAAGUGAUUUUAAAUUUCCGCCAAUUGCAGACAAAUCCCAAAAUUCCGCGCGUUCAUGGAGUCAAUCAUCAAACACCAAUUCAUCUCAGAUUCGUAACAAUUUCUCGGUGAUGAUGCAACAUGUUUCGUCUUCAGAGAAUAUUCGUAAGUCAUCUGAGGAUCAGUCUAGUCAAUUUUGCGAAGAAACUAUAUCUCGAUGCUCACUUUCAACAACUCUUAAUAAACACGAGAGGUCGCGUGAUCAUAGAUUAUUAACGGGUUUUUCUGAUAGCGAUCCUCUUAAUUUUAACGAUAGUGAACAAGGCAACAAUGACCAGAAGUCGAAUCAGGAUAUAUCUUCAUCUUCGGAAGAUGAUGAAUACAAUGAAUUGAAUAAAGAAAUUCCGACGAUUCAUACUGACAAGCAAAGCUAUGAACUUGGUUCGUUCUAUUUUGAUUAUCAUGUGGAAAAUCCUCUGUUGUCACAAUCGUGUUAUAUGUUUGAUUCGGAAACGUUUGAGAGUGACGAUGAUUCAAAGCAAGACCUCUCACUUGACGAUCUUCAACAACAACAAAUGUCCUUUGAUCUCGGUGGACUACUGAAAGAUGAUGAUGAUGAUUUUGAUGGAGGAUUUUGGGCUGACCAAGAAGAUAGUUUGGGUAUCUUGACUCCAAAUCAGAUGAAAGAUUUUACAGUGAUCAGUGAGCAACAUACCUCGAAAGUAUCUGAUUUAGACGCGGUUACGUUGCCCAAGACCUUUUCUUGCGAUGAAGUAAGUGAAUUACCUGACUCUGAGAUAGUUGAGGACAUAACAGUGGAGUAUGGUGAUGAGAUUCUCCAGAAUUCUUCUUUGUCUAUCACCAAUCCUAUUAUUCCUGCUCACAGACCUCACCACAUAUAUUCUUCUUCAUAUGUGCCACAAACCAGCACUCCAGUUCAGGGAGUUUGCCACGAUUUAUCCUCAAAUAUUUCAAAAUCCACUACUCUUCCUCCUGAACUUCACCAUGUUUCUCUUUCUAGUGUCUGUUCUGCAAGUUCUUCUAUUAAAGAGCGUGAAAUAUCUUACUUAUUGUAUGGGCUACAAGCUGAAGACUGUUGGGAAUCCAGCGAUAGUGUAGAAGUUAUAGCUGAAGAUGUCUUGUCUUCAAACAAGUGGACAACAGUCUAUCGGAAUGAUACACAUUUAAAAGAGAUUGACUAUGAUAAACCAUUAGCUCCCAAUACCCAUGAAAGUACUAAGACCUAUUCGGACUUAAGGUACAGUAAUUACCCUAAAGUCUCAGAUAGUAAUUUUUUGAAGAUAAAAAUAGGAGAAGCUUCUACAACACAGUUAGAACAGCAAGUAAAUAAUUUAAUUGCAGCUCAAACUGACACAAAUAAAGAAAACAGUGUAUGUGAUAAUGGUAAAACACUUUCAGGCGUCCCUCGAGAUCAGAUUAAUAACAUUCUACCAAAGGAUGAUGAAAUAAUAAAUCCAGACGAAAAAUAUCAUGCUGGAACUUUGAAAAAUAUGGUCCUCGAAGCUGAAAAGCAAGAAUAUGUCAAAAAUUGUUUACUGACAGAAAUAUCAGAGAAAUCUUCGCUUCCUGUUCAUUCCAAAUAUAGUCCGUCAAAGACUAUGUGCAAAGAACAGGAAUUGAUGAGAGAAGGUAUGAUAAUUAGUAAAGAAAAAGAAUAUUCUAAAAAGGUGAGAAAAGACAGAGUAGAAGGUGAACCUAUAGAAGCAGUUUGCCAUGCCGAUGAAGAGGUGGAAUAUGAAGAGAGCGGGCUAGGUACUUUAACUUGUUCUGGAGAAGAAGCGUGCAUGAAAUUCUCGACGUACAGUCAAGACAGCGGUGUGGCUUCUGAUGGUCAUGAAUCCGAACGACAACUGAAGGCAGGGAGCAUGACCGAUUCAGACUUCUUUACAGAUGGUGGUCUUGGAACAUCUAUUGCGGAAUCCGAAAGCGAACAUUCCGGAGAGUCCAGGCCAUACAGACAAAACUACAAAGACUUUUAUAGACUCACACAAGAUGAUGUUUGUCCCGAGCAUCACAAGACCACGGACAAGAUUCGAUUUCAGACUGAAGGUCAUCAGGACAUUUCUGUGCCAUUUGCAGAUAAAAUGGAUCUCAAAUGGGAAGUGAAGUUGACAAGAGUGCCCGAAGAGAGUAUAUCAAAUUCUAAUAGUUGUUGUGUCAGCUCUCCCGAAGAAACUGAAAAAAAUCAUAUUGAAAUUGAAAAUGCAUUGAAGCAAGAAAAUGUUGACGAAUCUGAAGACAUGUCAGAAACAGAUAAAUUUCCUCAAGCGGUUGUUAACAUGGUAAAUGAAAAGAUGUCAUUAGCUGAUGAAAAAGAUAAAAAUAUAUUGUUUGAAACAGAACCAUUAACUUCAAAAACAAACAAAAAUGUCGAAAACGAAAUUGUAACAAAAACCAACAGAAAAUGGGGAAAAUCAGAAAAGUCAAAUGGUACCAGCGACACAAGUAUGUCUAAUUCUGAAAAAAGACCGAAAUAUCCCAGGAAGAAUGUCAAGUCUAAAAUUAAAGAAAUGUUUGAAAAACCUAAAGGAAGAGAGGGAGAAGAGGAAAAAAAAUUAGUAUCUCGAACAAUAAAGAAGAGCCGGUGGGAUGCAGUGACCACAAAGAUAGCAGCGAGUUUAGAUGAAGAUAAGUCCAAACCAAAGAAAAAAGAGAUAAAAAGCAAAAUCAAUACAAAUCUCGUGGCUGCUCGUCAAAUAGUGAGAAAUAAAUCAUCUAAUCCAAAUUCAGAGGGUCUGAAGCAUCUAGUUGGGAAAGAAAGAUCCACCCGAGGGCGCCACUUUACAAAAGCUGAGAAUAAAGCCAUUUUACAAUCUCAAAGGGAUAAUGUUAUUUCAAGAAACGAUGUGACUGUGUGUAAAACAUCUAAAAGAACCGGCGAUCAGCUGUGGACACCAACUCGAAGCGUACAACCAGAGUAUAACUUUGACCAAGAAACUAUUACUAGAUACCAGAUUUCAUCGACAGCAUCGCCAUCUAGUGACCUAUCCUCGACUUCUUUUGUCUUUCGUACACCGUCUCAAAGAAACAUAGGGAAAAAAAACGCAGUUGACAAAACAAUAAGUACAGGUUCUAUCACCAUUUCAAAGAAGAAAACUUCGCUGAGAUCUAACACAAGUGCCAAAACAUAUGGACAGGUGACUUCACCAACAGAACCUCUUAACAGACACACUAACCAUACUAACCAGGCCUUGAAAUCUUCGAAGCCUCCAGUAACUAAAACAGCUUCACUGUCGUCUUCUCGAACAACUAGUUACAAGAAAAAAGAGUCUUCUAUAGAGAAAGGACGACAGACGACAGAUCACAGGAAGAAUCAGGAGUAUGUCCAAGAGAUCCAGCGACUUGGAGCUUUAUGUGAAACUCGAACCAAGGAGCUAAAUCUGCUGAAGAUGCAACUAAAGCACGCAAUCUUAGGUUUCGAUUCCUUCUGUGUGAUCGUCAAAUACUUGACUGAAGAGGUAUGUACUGUGUCAUUAAUUCUUUCCAACAGCUAGAUGAACU